AUGUCUCUUGCCAGUGGGCAAAAUGUCGUCGACGAUGCCAUUGCCGCUCGGGGAACGGGCGAAGUUCGAGACUCGGUGACCAAUGGACCAGCUGGGUUCGACGCCGAGAAACAGGCCUACGAAGUAACGGCAACGGACUCCGUGGACAGUGAUGAGUUUCCUGAGCCGACACCAGAAGAGCACAGUACCCUCCGCAAAGUCGCGGACAACCUGCCGAUCGUAUCCUACUCGCUGUGCCUGGUUGAAUUCGCCGAGCGAGCCUCCUACUACGGUUCCCAGACUGUCUUCUCCAACUUUAUUGAAUUUCCUCUCCCAAAAGGCGGGAAUGGCGCAGGUGCUCCACCGCGUGGUACGCAGGAGACUGCUGGUGGGUUGGGCAUGGGCUUGCAGGCCAGUUCUGGACUGGUGUUGCUCUUCGCCUUUUUGGCCUAUAUCAUUCCCAUUCUGGGAGGAUGGUGGGCCGAUGUUUAUGUCGGUCGAUAUAAGGCCAUCUGUGUGGGUGUCCUGAUCUGUGGUAUCGCGCAUUUGAUCCAGAUCUUCGGUGCUAUUCCAUCUGUUCUGCAGAAGGGCACGGCGCAUUCGGCACCCCCGUUCAUCAUCAGUCUGCUCAUCCUGGCGCUGGGGGCUGGGAUCUUCAAGCCAAACAUUGCACCAACCAUCCUGGACCAGCACCGACACAAGAAGGCCUAUACCAAAGUGCUGAAGUCCGGGGAGAAGGUCGUCGUGGACCCCGAACUGACGAAUAGCCGCACCAUGCUGAUCUUCUACGGGGUGGUCAACAUCGGUGCCUUUUACAUGCUGGCUACCACGUACGCGGAGAAGUACGUGGGCUACUGGCUUGCGUUUCUGUUGGCGGGGAUUAUCUACUUCCUUUUGCCCGCGGUGCUGGCGUUGGUUUAUAAGAAGACCUACAAGCAGCCACCGAGUGGGACGUCAGAUCUGAACCAGGUGGUGAAGAUUAUCUCCAUGGCGCUGCGACGCAACAAGUUUCGCGUCUGGCGCAAGAACUUCUUUGACGCGGCGCGACCGAGCGUCUUGGCCGCAGAGGGCAUCCAGGUGGAAUGGACGGACAAGCUGGUCGACGAUGUUCGUCGGACCUUGGUCGCAACGGAAGUGUUCUUUUACUUCCCGAUCUACAACAUCAACGACGGCGGGAUUGGCUCGGUUUCCAGUAACCAAGGUGCCUCCAUGACGACCAACGGAGCUCCAAACGACCUGCUGAACAACUUCAACGCGCUGACCAUCAUUGUCAUGACGCCCGUGCUGAGCCACCUCUUCUACCCCCUGCUGUUGCGCUACAACAUCAAGUUUGGGCGGAUCAGCCGCAUCACCUUCGGCUUUGUCCUGGCCAUAAUCUCCGGCGUGGUCGGGGCCAUCGUCCAGUGGCGCGUGUACAAGACCUCGCCGUGCGGGUUCUACGCCUCGUCCUGCGACGCCGGCGUCAGUCCGAUCUUGAUCUGGUGGCAGCUUCCGAAUGUCAUUCUGGGUGCCCUGUCGGAGCUCUUCUGCAACGUCACGGCCUAUGAGCUGGCGUAUGCGCGCUCGCCCCCCUCUAUGCGCGGGCUGGUGAUGGCCAUCUUCCUGUUCACCACGGCGCUGUCCAGCGCGCUGGGCGAGGUCCUCAUCCCCGUCACGCAAGACCCCUAUCUCAUUUGGAUCUGGGGGGCGCCGGCCGUGGCCCUGGCGAUCCAGACCAUAUUGUUCUGGUUCCGCUUCCGGUCGCUGAACCAUGAUGAAUACAUGAUCGAGGAGAAGGAUUAUGCCGAUACCACGCUCACGGCGCAGAGUGAACGGGCGGGUAAGGAGUUGUAA